AGGGCGCGCCGCCCAGCCUCCUUUCCUCCUCCCCCUGGUGAUGGAGGAAGAGGAGGCCGCGGGGGGAAAGAUGAAGCAGUUCCCCGGUGCAGUCAGCAUGGGCGCCGUAGGGAUGGGCGUGGACCCCGAGCGCUGCCGCUUCCCUUAUUGCGUCGUGUGGACGCCCAUUCCCGUACUCACAUGGCUCUUCCCCAUCAUCGGUCACAUGGGCAUUUGUACGUCGGCUGGAAUCAUCCGAGACUUUGCAGGGCCUUAUUAUGUCUCUGAAGACAACAUGGCUUUUGGCAAGCCUGUGAAAUACUGGAAGCUGGAUCCCAACAAAGUCUAUUCCUGUGGUCCCAAUGCCUGGGACACUGCUGUCCACGAUGCCUCUGAGGAAUACAAGCAUCGUAUGCACAACCUCUGCUGCGAUAACUGCCAUUCACACGUUGCACUAGCCUUAAACCUCAUGCGCUAUGACAACAGCAGCUCCUGGAACAUGAUCAAACUGUGCUUCCUCUCCUUGUUAUACAGCAAGUAUGUCAGCAUAGGAGGAUUUGUGAAGACCUGGCUUCCCUUCAUUCUCUUUUUGGGGAUUGUCCUGACAGUCAGCCUGACCCUUCACCUACGGUGAUGGACGAUCCCUGCCGUCAGCGCUGAAAACUGUGGGCUGCUUGGUUUGGGAAGCCUUUGGGGAUGAAGUCCGUCUUCCUUCGUAAUGCCAACUUGCCACCUGUCCUGUGGGAUUGCCCUUCUUCAGUAUGCAUUUUUUCCUUCCCCCAAAAGGUACAGAUGGGGGACCAUUCCAUCUUGCUUUUCAACACGUCCCUCUGGUCAUGAAGAUUGCCAUGGGGGGACAGGCUGCGUGAGCUUCCAGUUGUGGGGCACAGAUGGAGGGCACUGUUCACUCUGUCAUUGAUUCUGAGGCUCUCUGGUCGUGGAGUGGAGUGGGGGAUUCUUGAUAGAAUUAAACAGGAAGUGACUGUUGGUGAUCUCUCUGCACUGUGAGUAGGGUUGGGCAUUGAUAUGCUGGUUUGCCCACUUAACAGCUAAAUUGCCCUUACCAUGUUGUUGCUAGAACUAGUAAUAUUCCCUCCAUCAGCUGGUUGUCCUCAGUGUAGGCAACCUGGAAAUGCACCAGUGCUGGUUGUGUUCUAUGCUCAGUCUAGGGGUGCUGAGCCCAGGGUGGGGCUAAUGUCCCCUUCCUGCUUUUGUGGCUGAUACCUGACCACAGCAUGUGGCUCACACGUUCCUCACGUGUGCUUUUUCUCAUUCGGCCUUCCUAGGAAACUCCAUCUCUCUUCCAAGGCUGCUGAUUUUCCCCCCUAGCUGUCACCAUUGGAGGCAAGAUUGCCCUUGAGUAGUCUUUGGCUAAGCCUAUGUUGGGAGCUUUAUUGCAAAUCCUGGUGUCCUUGACAGCACUACAGUUCCCAGAGCUUUGUGCAUGAGAGGGGGAGGCAUUCCAGAUACUGAAGGUGUUUGAUUUUUUCCCCCUAAUACAGAUAGACAGUAUCAGACUGCAUCAAACAAAUUCCAGAAGCAUAACCAGUAGGGGGAAAUAUUUGUCUUCUCCUACCCAGAUGGGGAAUGUAGAUGACUGCAGACCAGCAUGACUUUUAGACUGGGGAGGAUGUAAAGGGAGGGAAGUUUGUGCAUCACAGAAGCAACAGAGAAUCAGGUGCUUUCUGUCUCCAGCACCUGUCCUCAGAUUCCAGAGAAUCUUAAUUUUGGCUUGCGGUCUUUCCCUUGUUGCUUAGGUGCUGGGGGUUUUUUUUGUUUAGUUUUUAAGAGAGGGUGGGGUGUUCUCCUUGGGCCCAGUCCCGUAAAUAUGCCGAAGUCCUCAAGAGGUUCGAUCGAGUGUCAGAUCAAAUACCAAAAGGGACACUUUUUACUGUUUGCGCUGGGUUUUGCAAAGAGGCUGUCUUGCUGACCAAACUCAUCCGCUCCUUUGCGUUUCCCUCCAUAACAACCAACCACAAUGGAAACCGCGUUUUCUCUGACCUUUCCCUCCCCCUGCCAUUCCACAUCCACCGGAGGGCUGUUUUUCCUGCUCAGAAGCCCGACUGCCUUUCUUGCUCCUUGGUCUGUCACUGCUCGGGAGAGGCGGAGCAAAAAGAGGCUGGUGUGAAGCUGCUCUGCUCUUCCAGCAUCUCUCCGUUCCAUCCUUGUCCCACUCCAGUCCUAAUCUCCACCUAUUCUUGUACCUUAAAAGCUUUGCUAUGUAUUAAGGGGCGGGGGGUUGUCCAUCCGUCCAUCUGUCACAUGAACUGUGCAGCUGCUGUGGAGAGUUGAUCGUUAAGCUGACGGAAAUCAAAGGUCUGACAUCAAAGUGAGAGUGUGUGGUGUUCCAUGGAACGACUUCACUUCCUUACCCAGCAGGGUUUCUGGUUUUGAUGGAAAUGAUACACCCAGGCUACUCAGCAGAGAACCUUUCCUCUUCUUCCUCUCUUUUUCUCUUCUUCCCCUUCCUUUCCUCUCCAGUUGUUUCUCCUCCUUGCAGUGACUUGCCAAAAAGAGUUCCAAGGAGCAUGAGAGGUUGUCAAAUCUGGCGCUCAAUACCAACUUCCUUUUUACAGUAGCAUCAGUCUAGCUCUGCCCAAUGAAUGGAUAAAAAAAUGAUUUGCAUUUGCCAAAAUUUGAGGUGGAGUACUGAUCAGAGUGUCAAUGUUAAAAAUGCUGCCCACCCCGAGCAAACUUUUAUAUUCCCAGCUAGGUUUUAAUGCCUCUGUUCUGGGUAGCAGACCUGUAAAGAGAAAGCUAAGCCCAAACUUAGUAAUGUAUAGAGGGAACCAUGAUCCCCCAUCCUGCCCUCAGCUGAUCAAAAACCUAUUGAAAGGUUUGAGGGUUUUAGUUGUUGGGAUAAUUCCGCUUUCCUUGUUCUCAGGAGGUUUGGACUUUGGUGUCCAAGAAGGUAUCCCGGUCAUAAGAUGUAGUGUCAGGGGAAGGCCGAACUCCAUAAUUCCCGGCACUCUGCAGUGACCUUUUAAGCAGCUGUGGGAUAUCAGCCUGUUAUGAUGCAACUGUGCAGCUCUUUCUGUGAAACCAGCUAGCGACCCUGCCUGUGUUCCCAAGCUGCUGAAAAUGGAUUGGCAGGGCGAUGGGGCAUAUGGGCUAAGCAGGGCCUACCUCAGGAAAGGCACUCAAGGUGUCUUUAGUACGAGCCAAACUUCAUAUCGGACAAGGCAGCCCUCUUUCUUUUUUUAAGUAGCCAAAGUAAAAAAAAAAUUUGUGCAGCAGUUGUACUGCAGUACAAUGCCUUGGGUUGGCUUUGCGAGGAACACAACUCCUACGUGGAAAGAGCUUUUGCGGAGGGGUUUGGAAAACCUGUGUAGCAUUCAGCAGUGCUGCUUGCGGUUUUCUCUGACUACCUGUUUUGCACUGGGGAGGCAACAGUUGGGUGUGGCUUUCUAGACUUAUGUAUUGGAGCGAGGAGCUGGUCCAUAGGGUUUCUGCACAGGUUCCAGGUCUGCCUGGAACAGUCCUUCAGUGUGGGAAUUUGGUCAAACACGUAGUCCUCCUCAGAGGUUUCAUCAGUGCUUGGUACUUCCCACUCAGAGAGAUCUUUCCGUUUGUGUCACGUACUCCAUUUUUCCCUUUGUUUAGGCCUCUGGGAUUCUGCUUUGGAGCUCGUUUCGUUGCCACUUUGGCCCUUGCUGGCGAUUAGCCAGAUGGGUUUCUGUCCUUCUGAGCUGGUUCUCCAGGGGGUGCUGGACUCCUUUGUGUAUACCGAACUCUGCCGCUGUGAUUUCAUAAUCCUGACGAUCGUGAAAAAUAAAUGCAUUUCUGUGUACGUC